CUCAAUCUUGCCAUUUUCUUGCGACGCGUCUCUCUGCUCGCAUCAUGGCUUCUUCACUCGCCUCAAAUGCACCUCGACGUCGCCUUACGAGCCAUCACGCUAGUACGAAAACCGGAAAGUGCCGUCUCCGUCUAUCCCAACCCUCGGCCCUCAACUCUCAUCGCUUGCAUUCUCCCUCUCACCCAACCCGUCUCCCACGGCACCUCGCCGAGCCUCCCAGCUAGUCUUGAGCAUCGCCGGCAUCGCCUGGAAUCCCAUAUCCAACCCCCGCGACACUGCCCGGAUGGCUUCGAACGCGCCUUACCCCGAGCCCGACGCGUCCAUGAGCGGCACAAUGUAUGGGGCACCUAAUGGCGCGCCCUCGCCAGUGCAGCAACAGCAGCAUAUGGCUUCCGACGCCGAUUUGCAACUUCAGGAGAACAUUGCGCAACUCCAGCGGAGCAACGACAUGAUGCAAGCCGCGCCGGGACAACCACAGCAGCUUGGCCAGAUGAAUCCUCUGACUGCCGCCCAUCACCAUUUCCAAUCACCCCCUCGACCCACGCACUCCCCUCAGCAAAUGGCACAAACUGUCAUGAAUUUGGACGAGCACAACAUGUAUAGCGACCAGGACGCGUCUCGGAAGCGGUCCAAGGUCUCUCGCGCUUGCGACGAAUGCAGACGGAAGAAGAUACGGUGCGAUGCCACGAGCGAGAAUGGCGCCGAACCGUGCUCGAGUUGUAAGAGAACCGGGGCGCGAUGUCAGUUCAGUCGUCAGCCGAUGAAACGGGGUCCUAGUAAAGGUUACAUCAAGGAGCUGGCCGACCGCCUCAACUCGUUGGAGAACCAGAUUCACCAGCAUCCCCACGGUCCACCCCCUACCUUUGAUUAUCCGGUCGUCGGCGACCAUUCUUUAAAUGACCCUCAUACCCCUUCUCAUCUCAGCCGCAAACGAACGCACUCCAUGUCCGAGGGUUUGCAAGAUCCGCACAGGGGAUCCAGUUGGUCUGCUCCCGACCGCGAUUUCACCACCAACGGUCAAACAAUGCGGCAAUCAUCAUUCAGCGACAUGACCUUGGCUGGCAGCCUCCUCACAGGGUCCAACGAAGCUACUAUCAAGGCUUACUAUAACUCCAUCCAUCCCGUUCUCCCGAUCCUGUCGCAUGAUGCGUCGACACUGAAUCGCUUAACCAACUGCUCGCCGAAGGUGCGGGAAGCCUUCUUCCUCACGCUGGAAUGUGCGGUGCGCUCGGUCUCCCCAUCUGGUGUACCAGGAGCGGACCUCAACGUCACGCAGCUCUUGCAGCAGGGCUUUGACUCACUCCACAUCGCGGAGACCUCACUGGCUGAUGUGGACCCUGCUCGGCAGUUCAACAAUAAGCUGGCGUACUGCCAAUCACUGGAGCUCUUGAUCAUUGCCUCUGAUAAACCAGCUUCUACUAAUGGGUUGCCUGAUCCCGCGUUACUCCUAGCCCGUCUUGCCGGCAUGGUCAUCGCGACGGGCCUCUAUGACGCAAAAAUGCUCGAGCGACUGCGCGACCAGGAUCGCGAGACCCUGGAAGAAGCCAGGCGUGUGUUCUGGGUUGCAUUCAUCCUGGACCGCUUUCUGGCGUCUGUCAGAGGAAAGGAUUCCCUUCUGCCAAUGCAUUAUGGUUCCGCAUCUCGAGAGGACCUGAAUGCUAUGGGCGAAGUCGCAUUCUACCUAGCUCGUGCCGCUCAGAUCCUGGCCUCAGUCACCAAAAUAAUUCGAGCAGGGGAGGUUCCUAAUCCAGAGCACCGGUCUUCACCUCUCGCAUCUGCCACUUCAGAGUCGUCAACACUGAUCUAUGAUCUGAUCGAUGGCUUCCGUCUCUCCCUUGACCUCACAAAUCUCGUGGGUAAUUCGCCUCCACACCUCGCUCUUCAAUAUCUUCGCCUUCUCCUGGCAAGACAGCAUACGCAAACGCCAUCCAAAGACACUCUGGACAUCACAAAAGAGCUUCUCCACAACCUGAUUGUUACCCCAAUCACUCCGCUUCACCACGUCUUCGCCUACCUUGUGGCUGCAGCGCUCACCGACCUUUCCGACCGGGUCGAGACCCAAGUCGAGGCUCAAGCCGCAAUCAAGGAGAUGGACGACGCCAUCGCCAACGGCCAGAUUGUACAUCGGGUCUUCAACGGUACGGGCUGGGACAUGGCGAUCCGCAACCUGCUCCAUCACAAGAAAGGCCUCACGCCAGCUUCAUCCACUGCCGUCGAACGCACCAGCCCCGCGGCCCCACAACCCAACAUGGCCGGCCUCCAGCACCUCGCUGCCGCCGCGGUGGGCGAGCGCGAUUCCGCAGAUGGACGGCCCGGCAGCAGUGGCGGACCUCCUGGUACCGGCGCGAUUCCGCCGCCUGUACAGGACAGUCUCAAGAACGACGACGUUGCGGCGGCGAUGGCCGCGGCGAGCGAGGCCGCGGCUGCGCAGGCACAGGCUACGGCGGCGGCGGCGCAGCAGCAGUUACAGGAUGGUGGUGGUGAUGGGGGCCAUGGGGGUGAGAAUGGGAAUGGGAGUGGAAGUGGAAAUGGGAAUGUGGUGGAGGGGUUUUAGCGACUGUUUCCCUUUUUGGGGGGAGUAUUUGAUUUAUGUGUUUGAAGCGGUUUUCUUCGUUUUCUUCGUGCUUUUGCUCUUGAUGUUUUGGCGUUUUUGCUUGGGAAACGGGGGGGAUGGGUAUACCCCUGGGCUUUUUGGUUGGGUUUUUCGUACGAGAUUGUGUAUCACAAUCGUAAGAUGGGCUUGGUCUGCUAGAGGGUAGUAAAUCGAUGUCGAUCAGUGGGAUUGCGCUUUCCGCAGCUCUCAAUCUAUGUGUGUCUGGUCUUGGUGGUUUUCCUGAAAUCCUGGGAUUUGGCAAUUCGAAUACAGUCAGUCGACUUGUUUGUUCUUUUUCUACUACCGUUGAGUCUUCUGCAUCUUUCGAUGCUUUUUCUUCCUCUACAAGGAGGCUCCAAGGUGGACGAAGCUAGGUUAAUGGGUCCGGGUAUCGGGAGGGAUGGUAGAUAGGAUGUUGGGUUUAGACCUCGGUGUGGAGAUUGAAAGGU